AUGGAAAGUGACAGUCUAGUUACUCAAGAAAGAGAUUAUCAGAGAAUCAAUCUAGAGAAGUCUAUCUCAGACGAAAGCAUCCAGCAAGAAUAUCAGAGAUGCUGCUGUAUCUACGACAAUGUGCUUUCAAGAGAAAUUGAAGCUAGUCUACCUGAUCUGGAAUCUAAUGAGCAUUGAGUAGAUCACCGAUUUAACACGUAUAUUGGAGAUCCUAAUUUUAUCAAACUUGCAAAGAGUUUAAAGUUUCUGAAGUUCUUCAAUGUAAAAAGGGUCUCAUUGAAAAUUAGCAAGAUGAGAAAUUAAGCAUAAUCUGAAUUUCUUAGAUUUCUCAUUACCCAAUAAAACUAAUGAGUUAGUUGUUUAUCUCUUCCCUGAGGUUAAGAUAAAUAGAGGGACGUACUUUAACUCAUUAAUUAUGAUGAGCUCCAAAAUAACUUGAGUAGUGGAUUUCGAAUUUUUCUGUCUUAGCCUUCGUCAAAUAAAAAGGUUUAUGGCAGCUUACAGGCAUGUUGAGAAACUUAGAAUUUGGUAUUGCAAAUUGUCUAUUCCAACAGUUCCUGAUUUUUCAAAGGCUCUCAAAAAUUGCCAAAUUCAGGAAAUAUGCUUAAUGGGAACAGGAGGCAAGUCUUAUAGCAAUUGGGGAGAUCAUCCUGAAGAGUUCAUUAACUUAAUACAAGGCUUCUCAACAUCUUUAGAUUUAAGGUUGAGCCUCAGAGAAGUAAGCAUUUGGAAUUGUAAGGUAAAACAGAGAGAAGCAGAGGAAAUAUUUGCAGAAAAUCAACUCGAAGGAGUAAAAGUAUUAAAUGGAUGUUAAAUUCAUGAAAAA